GAUGUUUGUACAUGUUUACGGUGGUGGUGGUGCAACUGAAAAUUGUGAGGAAUGUUCUUUAAUUGAUGGAACUUCAACUGUUUCUGAAUGUAGUAAAUGUAUAUCUGGAUUUGGUUUAGAACCUACUUCUGCACCAGCUAAACCAAAAUGUUAUCAAUGUCAAAAUGGGUGCUCAGAUUGUACAGUUGAUGAUAGGUCAACACCACCAAAUACAAUUAAUAGAUGUACAAAUUGUCUCCCAAAUUAUGCACUUAACAAUGAGGGAACUUGCAUAAAAUGUCCAUUAAAUUGUAGUGAAUGUAGAAUUGAUCCUGAAAAUCAAAAUAAUACUUUAUGCUUAACAUUUGGCUGUAUUGCAACAGCUUUGAGAGAUGAAGAUUUCACUUGUGAAUCAUGCUCUAUUGAUUAUUGUUCAAUAUGUAGAAAGCAUAUUGAUGACUCAUUUGAAUGUUUGCAAUGUGAUGCUGGUUAUUAUAAAGACAAUACUGGAAAUUGUCAAGCAUGCUCAGAUGGUUGCAGUUUCUGUUUAAAUGGUAUGACUUGUAUACCACAUGGCUGUAAAGAAGGAUUCAUUCGACAUAGAAUAGAUGGAACAUGUAUCCCAUGUCCUGGUGAUGGUGUAGCCAGAUGCUCAUUCAAGAGUAUAACAUCUGAUGAACUGGUAGCAGAAUUAUGUAAAAAUGGCUUUAGGAUUAACACUGCUAAUAGUCCCACAACAUGUGAAGAAUGUGACCCAAAUUGUAAGAAAUGUGAUGUAAAUGGAAUAUCAAAAUGUGAUGUUGAUGAAUGCAAAUCAGAUUAUUUCUUUGAUUCCAGUGAUAAGAAAUGUUAUAGAAAUAAUGAUAAUUGUAUGAAAAGUACAAGACAGAAUGGAAAGAUUGCUUGUUCUUCUUGUAAUACAAACAUAUCAGUUCUUUCUGAUGGAAAAUGUGUAAAUUGUCCAAAUCAAUGUUUGGGUGGUUGUUCAUUUGACAAAACAAAUAACAAAUUUACUUGCAUUUCUUGCAUUAUGGAAUACUAUAAAACCAGGGAUAAUUUCUGUAAAUCUUGUCCUACUGGUUGUAAGACUUGUUCAUUGAUUGGAGAUAAUGUUGAAUGCACUUCCUGUUUGCCAAGUUAUGGAUUAAAGAAAAAUGGAUUAUGUGAAUCUUGCAAUGUUGACAAAUGUCACAAUUGUGAAACAACUCCUGGAGAGGAUUCAUUAGUUUGUACAUCAUGUGCUGAAGCAUUCUGUUUAAAUUCUGAAGAAUGUGGAAAAUGUCCUAUAAAUUGUCUAGAAUGUUCCCACACCAAUAGAUAUGAAUGCACAAAAUGUAUGGCUGGUUAUGCUAAGACACAAGAUGGAACUUGUAUCCCAUGUCCAUCAAAUUGUAAAAUAUGUACAGCCAACUCUAAUAGAGAAAUAAGAUGUGUUAAAUGCGUUUCUAAUAAAUAUUCACUUCAAACCAAGACAGGACAAUGUAUUGUCUGUUCAGAGGCAACAUUUUCACAUUGUGCAACAUGCAGUAUAACACCAAUAAAUGGAAAAACAAAAUGUGAAACCUGUAACAUUGGAUACACCCUUCAAGAUGAUGAAGAAGCCUGUGUUAGUUGUUCAAUAGACAAAUGUGAUCUAUGCAUUCAUGGAAGAGUAUGUUCGGAAUGUAAAGCUGGAUAUUAUGAACAUAAUUAUUAUAGAGAAUGUGCACAAAAAUGCUUUCAAUGCAAAGGAAAUAAAGCUGAUUGUGGAAGAGAUUUAUCAAAAUUCAAUGACACAAUUACUGAUACAGCUAUACAAAUUGUUGACUGUUCAAGUGGAGAUUGUUGGGCCUAUAGACAAGAAAAAUCUGGAAUAGUUACAUAUGUUAGGGAAUGUUCACAUAGAACUUGUACUCUAGCAGCUCAAAAUGAAAAUUGUCAAACAGUUGAAGAUAAGAAGGAAUGUGAAAAAUGUUGUAAAGGUGAUAAAUGCAAUACAUGGGAAUUGGAUGGUAAAGCAGGUGUUGGAAAAAUAGCAUUUGUUGAUUACUUCAUUAUUGUUUUCAGUUUUAUUUUCAUUGUAUUUUAA